CUAACAGAUGAAGAAUUGAAAAAUUGUUGUUUGCAAAAGCUUGAAAUUUUUUUGAAAGGUUGUGGAAGAAGUUUUCUGGAUUUUCCAACAAUGCCAAGGCCUGUUUAUAAUACGGAAGAAGUUGACAACACUAAUAGAUUAAUAUGGGAUGAAUUGCGUUAUAAUAAACGCGCUUUGGCAGAGGAACAUCAACAAUUAGUAAAGAAUUUGACAGAUGAGCAAAAGUCAGUUUAUGAAAAAAUAAUAAGAGAUGUGAAUGAAGACAAAGGUAGAUUUUUCUUUUUAUAUGGUUUUGAAGGAACCGACAAGACUUUUAUUUGGAGAACUCUAUCUUCUGCCAUAAGAUCUAGAGGAGAUAUUGUGUUAACUGUUGCAUCUAGCGGGAUUGCAUCUUUAUUGUUACCAGGUGGUCGAAUAGCUCAUUCAAGAUUUGUGAUUCCUCUAAAUGUAACUGAAGAUUCAACAUGUAAUAUCAAGCAAGGUACUCCUUUAGCAAAUUUAAUUAUUAAGGCAAAGUUGAUUAUUUGGAAUGAGGCACCUAUGAUGCAUAGAUAUUGUUUUGAAGCUCUUGAUAAAACUUUAAGAGAUAUUCUUAGGUUUAAAGAUGCAUCCAAUUUACACCGACCAUUUGGAGGUAAAACAAUUGUUCUUGGUGGUGACUUCAGACAAAUAUUACCUGUCAUUCCAAAAGGUAGUAGGCAAGAUAUUGUUAAUGCUUCUCUCAAUUCUUAUUAUUUGUGGCCUCACUGCCAACUCUUAAAGUUAACAAAGAAUAUGAGAUUGCAAGGUAAUGAAAUAGGGACAAAUCUAGAUGAGUUGAGAGUUUUUUCAGAUUGGAUUUUGGCAAUUGGCGAUGGUAUAGUUGGUACUUCUGUUGAUGGCAAUGAAAAAGUCCAAAUACCAGAUGACCUUUUGAUAAAACAAUCAGUUGAUCCAACAUCUGCAAUUGUAGAAAGUACGUAUCCAGAUUUCAACAGUCGUUGCAAUGAAAUAGGAUACCUCCAGCAAAGAGCUAUUCUUACUCCAACUCUUGAUAUGGUGGAAUCAAUCAACGAAUAUAUGAUUUCCCUUAAUCAAAGUUCUGAGAAAUCAUAUUUGAGUUCCGAUACAAUCUGCAACUCUGACAAUACUUAUUCAGCACUGGAACAUGUACACACUCCUGAAUUCUUAAAUACAAUUAAAUGUUCUGGAGUUCCAAAUCAUGCUCUUACUCUAAAGGUUGGUAUUCCAGUAAUGUUAUUAACAAAUAUUGAUCAGUCAGCAGGAUUAUGUAAUGGAACAAGGUUGAUCAUAACUAAACUUGGAAAUCAAGUUAUUGAAGCCAAGGUUUUAGCAGGACAGAUGUCUGGACAAAAAGUGUUUAUUUCAAGAAUGACAUUGACUCCAUAUGAUGCUAGAAUUCCAUUUAAGUUCCAGCGAAGACAAUUUCCAAUCAUUUUAUCUUUUGCCAUGACAAUCAACAAAAGUCAAGGACAGUCAUUGUCUCACGUGGGAUUAUCUUUAAAGAAACCAGUUUUUAUACAUGGACAGCUAUAUGUUGCUCUUUCUCGAGUGACGAGCAGAAAGGGAUUAAAAAUUUGGUUUGUGAUGACAAUGGAAAAUAACUACUGAAGCUGCAAAUGUUGUAUUUAAAGAAGUUUUUCGAAAUUUAGUAUGACACUCGAAAGAUAAUCAAUAUCUUUUUUGAGAUUUAAGUACUACUUUUGUUGCUGAGAUUCAUUAACCAAGUGCGACAAUAGCUGUUGACAAGAUAUCUGAAACAUGUAAUAGCUUCGAGCAGUGGCUUCAUACUUGCUUUUAUCGGUCUUGAGAGUGUGUCUUCAUUCCAUCACCAUCACAUAUCUCUCUUGGAUCAACUAGCACAACGACAGUCAUUGAAGAUAGUGAGUUUUUUCCAUCUGCUCGCAGGUGUGUUGUUCUUUCUAGCGAAAAGGUCUUAGCGCGAUUCUGAUUCUAAAUUCGGUUUAUAAUAAACAAGACCAAUUUGCAAUUGCUGAAGCCAAAAAGGAACUGGGAGAUGCAUCAUAACUUUAUUUUUCAAGCUGGGGAGCAGUAUGCUGAAUUUGUAGCACAUGCUAUGUUGUUGGAAUCUGAGAUUCAAAUUACAGCUCCAAAUCAACUGUUCGACUGCUUAAGCCAUUGCUUCAAAUUUGGCAUUAUUACUGGAGAUGAUGUUCAAUAUGAGCUUUCAAAGGUGCAGUGAUGUUGUUUAAUGGUGGUGGUCCUUCAAGGAAAUCCCAAGCCCAAUUUCUCAAAGAUAAGAAAGGUAAAAGGAGGUGAUGAGAGCAAUAUAGAGGGACAGUCAUAUGAGAUUCACUCUGUUUCUGAGCUUUCAACAGUAUCACAUUCGCCUCUUCAAGUUGAUGAUCCGAAAGAAGAGGAGAAGGAACUUUCCUAAUAAUUAAUAAGCAGUCCGCAAUCUAAAGAUACAGGUAGUUAUAACACAACACUUUCUGGGUGGUCUUCAGAGCCCAAUAUCAGAGCUGCCAACGACUACAAUAUUGCAAAGGAUGAACUCAAAAAAUUCUGCAAAUUCUUAUCAGCUGCAUCAUCCACCUGAUCUUUCUCUGCUGCUCGGAUCAACUGAUUUUUCUAUACUGCUCUUUGUUGAUACUCCAUCAUUAAUAUCACGAAGCAACGAAGUUUCAUAUACAGUAGCGCAUUAGUAAAAAGAUUCAGCUAAAUUUGACAGAUGAAUUAAGUAAGAUAAAUACUUCAUCUAUCUAUCAAGUUGCUUCGUUUCAUCAGCGAACACAAAGAAGGUCUUGAAGAGCACCAGACAUCUAAGGUAUCUUCACAGCUACUGGGAAAUUUCUUAGAAUAGUACUGUUAUCCGGUCUUGAAUCGUACUUAAGCCCCAAUAUUAGCCCCAACAAAAGUAAUUACCUGUGUAUCAAAUAUAGUUAUUUUGAUAUCAGCGAAAGUAAUUACCUGUGUCAUUAUGUAUUUAGUUUUGGUAUUUUUAUUUUUGCGUUUAACCAUUGACUAGAGGUGCAAUAUCUCGAGGGAUAGUUUUUCCAAGCCAUUUUUUAGCCAUCAUAUUUGCUAUUGCACCGGUUCUAUUUGUUGCGUGUGGACCUACUUUGAAGGAUGGAAAGUUAUCAAAAUUAAAUCCACUAUGUCUUCUCUGUUGGAGCUACUUAAAAUAGUAUUUUGUGAAACUUGGUGCACCCAUAUUAACCUUGAUCGACACAGGAGAAGAAAUAAGAUUUGAACCAAAUGUAAUAUCCUUUAUGUUUGUAAUUGAGUCAAAAGCUUAUGCAUUA